ACAGCGCUUAGGCAAAUCCAAGUACGAAUGAAUAUCAAGAAAAGUUAUCUGGGAAUAUACAAUGGAUUUCAGCUAAUGGGAUGGGGUUAUAUACUAUCUUUGUACAUAUUUGAGUCAUCCAUCAAAAGAAAGUGGUUUGAGUUCAGUAUUCAAGUAGAUAUUUCUCUACGCCUGUUCCAAUCACUAGCUGUCGUUGAGAUAAUCCAUUCCGCAGUAGGAUUAGUUAGAUCUUCCGUCAUGACAACAGUGUUACAGGUAUCUUCCCGGUUACUAGUUGUGUGGGGAAUUUUAUAUAUAGUCCCAGAAGUUGCACGUGAUAAUUUGGGUGUCCCACUCAUUGUUAUAUCGUGGUCUAUUGCUGAAAUGAUUCGUUAUUCAUAUUAUGUGGCAGAUAUAUGUAGGGUCAAGUUGAAUCUGCUAAUUUGGUUAAGGUACUCAGGUUUUAUGGUUUUGUAUCCAACUGGGAUUUCUGGUGAGGUUCUUCUAAUAGUAAGUGGUAUAAAAAGACUGAGGGAAACAGAAGAAUAUUCCUUCAAUCUUCCAAACGCUCUAAAUUGUUCACUCUAUUAUUGGUUUGCUUUGGUUAUUAUACUUAUAACCUACAUUCCAGGUUCGAAGACAAUGUACACUCACAUGAUGCGUCAAAGAAGAAAAGUGUUACAAAAUUGUAACUAAGGAACAAUUGUUAUUUUUUCAUUAUAUGAAAAAUUUAGCUUAUAAAUGUUUCAUAAGUAUUAACAGCCAUUUGGCAUUUCUCUGAUGUAUUUAAGAGCACCCAAUAUUCAGCCUCUUAUUUCAUCCAGCUAAAACGUUCCAAGUGUGACGAACCCGUCCAACUGCUAGCUAUCAUCCAUCUCUUUAUAACGCCUAUGACAAUGCAAAUAUUGAGGCAAUCCACACAGGGUUCAUAUAUGCUAAAAGAGAUUUGUUA